AUGUCAGGAAUUGGAGGACGCCGCGAAUGCUGGAGCUGGAAGCAUGUGAUACGAGCAGAGCGGCACUGGACAUGUAAGUAUUGUCAUGAGAUUCACACUGGGGGAGCGGAGCGAGUGCGAGCACAUCUCGCUGGAGUUCGGGCAAGAGGUGUGAAAACGUGCAAGGCAAUGAGGGAGAUCCCUUAUGAAGUUCUUAAAAACGCUCGCAGCAGUUUUUCCGAUUUCGAGCUAGCAGACCCAGCAGAUGCUGAUGAUGGGCAUCUGCUGCAGCAAGCCGCACAGGGUUCAGGGGGGCCAGCAGAAUCUAUGGUGGCAAGCACGGAGAACUGGUCCAGUGCUGGGACAAGCAGAGCAGCGAAACGUAGAUCCUCGGAUGGAAAUUUGGUGACAUUUUUUGAUACUGCUUCGGCUGAGGCACUGGAUGAUGCUGUUGCAGAGUUCUUCUUUGCCGAGAACAUCUCCUUCAACACAAUCCGAAGAGACAACUUGAAGAGAAUGCUGAAAGUUGCCGCAAAAGUGGGGCGUCCAGCGAUUGACAACCUCAUGGGAUAUGAGAAGUUGCGGACAACUGAGCUACAACGAAUAUACAACAACGUUCAGAAGCGGCUUGAAGAUGUGCGGCUAAGUUGGAGGACAUAUGGUUGUACCAUUGUCACGGAUGGCUGGUCUGAUAUCAAGAAGCGGUCUCUUAUCAACUUCAUGGUUAGUUCUGUGAGAGGCUCAAUUUUCCUGAAGGCUGUGGACAGCAAGAAUGCGAAGAAAACCGGAGCAUGGUUGUUUGAGCAGCUGAAACAAGUGAUUGCCGAGGUUGGUGCGGAAAAUGUUGUGCAGGUGGUGACAGACAAUGCAAGCAACUGCGUGGUCAUGGGGGAGCUUUUGCAGCAGGAGUUUCCACAGAUUGUACACGUUCGCUGCAUUUGCCACGUUAUGGACUUGCUGUUUGAAGAUAUUGGAGCUCUGUCUUGGGUGCAGCCUUUCGUCGAUGGCUGUGCGAAGAUAGUUACCUUCAUCACCUCAAAGCCACGGGUUCUAGCUCUUUAUAGAACUUUCUGCAAACGGGACCUGAUAAAGCCUGUGACCACGAGGUUUGCUUAUAUUUUUCUCGUGAUGUCUCAGCUUCUGGAGACCACGAAUCUCUCCGGGCUUCGAAGAAUGGUGAAUUUGUUAAUUUUGCUCGGACCUUUACUUCGAGUUCUUCGACUCGCUGAUCGGGAGGGGGCGACUUCAGGCCUCAUCUUUGAAGCUGUUGAUCUGCUGAUUGAGAAGAUGGACGAGGGAGCUCGAAACGGAAUUUAUGCACAUGAGGAAGUGGGACAAAUCAAGGAUUUCCUACUUGAAUCACACGGUCUGAAGGAGGCAAGGUGGUAUCAAAUGCACAACGUCAUUCAUGGAGCUGCUUUUGCUCUUCAUCCUCUGUUUCUGGGGGAUAACUCAGAGAACGACAAGCUGGACAAUGAGGCACACGGGAACUGGUUGGAGUACAUGCAUGUUUAUAGCGGAGGUGAUCUGGACUUGCAGCUGAGAUUGCAGGCACAGUUUGAGAGGUUUCGGCAACAGCUUGGACGGCAAAUGAGGUUACCUGUUGCCAAGGAUCGGGAGACCAGAAAGUUUCCAGUAACCUGGUGGAGUUCUUUUGGUUUAGAGAUGCCUGAUCUACGUCGCAUGGCUCUCCGGAUUUUAAGCCAGGUUGUUUGCGCUUCUCCAUGCGAGAGGAAUUGGAGCUCAUGGAGCUUGAUACAAACAAAGCGCAGGUCCCGCUUGCUUCCCAAAAAUGCUGAGAAGCUGGUUUACAUUCAUACAAACUUGCGGGUUGUUCAGAAGCUGGAGAGUGAAGGUUUGAGGAUGCUGGAGAUUGAUAUAGACAAGCUGGAGUUGGAGCCUCAUUGGAAAAGGAUUUUGGAUCUGCAAGAAGCUUUUGAGGAACCAAAUCAGGCUGCUGACGAGUUUAGCAUUGAUGAAGGAAUGGAAGACGAUUCGGAAUCAGAAGACGACUAA